AUGUCUCGCUACGCCGAAGCUCACAUCUCCCCCAAAGGCCCUGGUGAUGCCAGACCAACCGCCCUCCAGGUCGUCCAGGACGAAGGAAUGACCGACAAGCUCAAGGGCAAGGUCAUUGUCGUCACAGGUGUCUCAUCUGGUAUUGGAAUCGAGACCGUCCGCGCCCUGUCCGCCACAGGAGCAUCCUUCUACCUUACCGCUAGAGACCUCACCAAGGCCAAAGAUGCGCUUGACGGCAUCUUUGAGCCCUCGCGCAUGAAGCUCGUCGAGAUGGACCAGACCUCCUUCAAGAGCGUCCGAGCUGCGGCAGAGACCAUCUUGGCAGAUACGGACAAGAUUAAUAUUCUUGUCAACAAUGCUGGCGUCAUGGCCAUUCCCGACUUGCGGCUCACGCAAGAUGGCCACGAAAUGCAAUUCGGCGUCAACCACCUUUCUCAUUUCCUCUUCUUCCAGCUUCUCAAGCCUGCUCUCCUCGCCGGUAGCACUCCUGAAUUUGCCUCUCGCGUGGUCAAUGUGUCAUCCUCCGGUCACCGUCUGCACGGCAUCCUCGCCUCAGACAACUACAACUUCCAAAACGGCAACUACGACAGUUGGGUUGCCUAUGCACAGUCCAAGCUUGCAAACAUAUACAUGGCCAAUCAAAUUGAGCGUCUGUACGGCGCUCGCGGUCUUCACGGUCUGAGCGUCCAUCCCGGAGGCAUUUCCACUGGUCUUAUGCGAUACAUGUCCGAGGAGGACAUUCAGGGUUUCAUGGCGACGAUUGAUCCCAAGGUUAUCCAGGGCAUGAAGAGUCCUGAGCAAGGUGCUGCCACGCAGGUGUGGGCGGCGAUUGGCAAGGAAUGGGAAGGCAAAGGAGGGAAAUAUCUGGUAGAUGUUGCGGUGGCGAAGCCCGGGCCGGAUGAUCACGAUAUGACGAGCGGGCUGACUACGGGCCAUACGUAUAAUGCUGAGGAGGAGGCUAGGCUUUGGAAGGAUUCGCUGAAGAUUGUUGGAGUGGAGGAUGUUGAGUAG